AUGGCGUCUACAUGUGAUGGUUCCACUGAAGCUGCUGAACUCUUAAAAGUAUGUUGGCUAGAAGUGCGUGGAAAACUUAAGACCACAGAGCUGUCACCAGGAAUUCGGUAUGAAGUUGUAUUUGUGGUCAAGCUGCAAGCUAAAGCUUAUGGAUGGGAUGUUCCCGUGAAUCUCAAACUCACUGUCCCACACGCUUCAGAGAAUCGAUGGAGUAAAGUUAAUUUGACGGAUAAGGCAAGAGAGAAAUGGAUAGAGAUUCCGGUUGGCGACUUUAUUGCAUCACCCAAAAAACCUGGGGACGUCGAGUUUUCAUUGUACGAAUAUGAUGGGAGAUGGAAGAGCGGACUUGUUAUCAAAGGUGUUGUCGUUCGGCCAAAGUACUAA